UCGGUGGUGAGGGGGGUGCCUCUAAUCAUAUCCAGCAUGUUUUGCACAAGAAAUGUCAGCCAGAAAGGGCUAUCUUCUCCCUUCGCCAAAAUACACUACAAUAAUGUCAUGUUCGGACAGCCCGUCUGGAAACGCAUUUUUAGUGGACUCCCUGAUCAGCGCCCGCACCGAGAGCGGCGGGGGUCACUAUGCCGGGAGUGCGGUAUGCGUGCCGCACAGCACCGCAGUAGAAGUGCCUUACGGACUACACAACUAUGGAUACUUCCCAGGUAUGACUAAACGGAGCGAGGUCGGCCCCCAGAAUGUGGUGUCCACCUCAGGUGCAUACAUGUCCAGCAUGGAGAUGUGGAUGGACGCGCAGAGGUCAUGUCGUAUGGACCAAGAGCACUCUGUGGGUCCCCAGGUCGCACCGUGCACGUUCCCGCAGAACAUCAAGGAAGAGAGCACCUACUGCCUGUACGAGCAACCCAAGUGUCCCAAAGCCUCCACCGCCGAAGACCUUACAUAUUCAAGAUUGACUUCUUCUUGCACAGUCACCGAUGGCGGCGGAGGUGGUGGUGGUGGUGGAGUUGGGGGCGGCGGGGGGUCGGUGCCUGUGCCGGGCUUCUUCCGCUUGUCUCAGACGCACGCACAUUCUCAUAAACUUUACAGCGCCAACAACGGCCCCCAGUCGAACCCUUCCCCUUCCCAUUCUCAUUUUGGCCUGCAGCACCCCGCCGACCACGCUCGCUUCCACUCGCCACCAACCUCUGCGUCUGUCCCAGCCACGGCGGAGAAGAAGGGGAAGGACGCGGAGGAAGCCACAGACCUGCCGCCUCAAGCUGCGUCGGGCACCGAAGAGGGGCGCGACUCCUCGGACGGUGAAGCCUCCUCUGCAGAGGAGGCGGAGGAGAAUGACAAGGAGAGACGAGCAAAGGCCACUAAAGGAGACACAAAAAGCGAAAACACGGCCAACUGGCUGACAGCGAAAAGUGGCCGAAAGAAACGCUGCCCGUACACCAAACACCAAACCUUGGAACUGGAGAAGGAGUUCCUCUUCAACAUGUACCUGACCCGAGAGCGCCGCCUAGAGAUCAGCAAGAGCGUCCACCUGACGGACAGACAGGUCAAGAUAUGGUUCCAGAACCGCAGGAUGAAGCUUAAGAAAAUGACGCGGGAGAAUAGGAUCCGGGAGCUCACCUCCAACUAUGGAUUUUCAUGAUAAACAGCGACUCAAAAAGGGAACAAAAAGUUUGGAUGAAUUUAUUGACAAGCUAUCCUCCAAAUUCCUCAACUCCAAGCUCAAAGUUUCAUUUGCCUGAGAGAUGCAGCCUCCUCUCACGGCCCAUCAUCGUAUCUGGCCUUCUGAGAAUAAAAAAGAAAAAAUAAAAAGUUAAAAAAGAAAAAAGAAAAAAAACA